AUGGCAGCCCAGGAGCCCCUCCACGUGAAGACUCCGCUGCGUGACAGCAUGGCCCUGUCCAAAGUGGCUGGAACCAGUGUGUACCUAAAGAUGGACAGCUCCCAGCCCUCGGGUUCCUUCAAGAUCCGAGGCAUUGGGCACCUCUGCAAGACGAGGGCAGAACAAGGCUGUAAACAUUUUGUCUGUUCUUCAGCGGGCAAUGCGGGCAUGGCGACUGCCUACGCUGCCAGGAGGCUGGGCAUCCCAGCCACCAUCGUUGUACCCAACACCACCCCUGCCCUCACCAUCGAGCGGCUCAAGGACGAAGGUGCCACCGUUGAAGUGGUAGGAGAGAUGUUGGAUGAGGCCAUCCAACUGGCCAAGGCUCUAGAAAAGAACAAUCCAGGCUGGGUGUACAUCUCCCCCUUCGAUGACCCCCUUAUCUGGGAAGGCCACACUUCCAUCGUGAAGGAACUGAAGGAGACACUGAGUGCCAAGCCUGGGGCCAUUGUGCUAUCAGUGGGUGGCGGAGGCCUGCUGUGUGGAGUAGUCCAGGGACUUCGAGAGGUGGGCUGGGAGGAUGUGCCCAUCAUUGCCAUGGAGACCUUCGGCGCCCACAGCUUCCAUGCAGCCACCAAGGAAGGAAAGCUGGUCACCCUGCCCAAGAUAACCAGUGUUGCCAAGGCCGUGGGUGUGAACACUGUGGCGGCGCAGGCCCUGAAGCUGUUUUACGAACACCCCAUUUUCUCUGAGGUCAUCUCAGACCAGGAGGCCGUGGCCGCCAUCGAGAAGUUCGUGGAUGACGAGAAGAUCCUGGUGGAGCCUGCGUGUGGAGCGGCACUGGCCGCACUGUACAGUGGUGUGGUGUGCAGGCUGCAGGACGAAGGCCAGCUGCCCAGCCCCGCUGGCCUCCGCUGGUCGUCAUUGUGUGUGGUGGCAGCAACAUCAGCCUGGCACAGCUGCAGGCACUCAAGGUGCAGCUGGGCCUGA